AUGUUGUAUGUCGCGCCAGCAGCCGACCUGUCUGGCUGGUAUACAGCCGCAGCCGAAGCCGGCCGAUCAAUCCGUGGCCCAGCCGGGUCUGCCGUGUUCGGCUCGCCAAGGCAGGCUCCAUCGAUCGCGACGAUGCGGUGUGACGUCAUCCGCGCAGCGCGCUUGCGCCGCCCCGAGGUCCGACUGCGGUUCACGUGCGCAGACCAGAGGAUCGCCGGCGGAGGCCAUGUGCGACCGGCGAGCCGCCGGCGAGCCGGCGCGAGCCCGCCGAUAGCGCGGACCACGAGGAAAUGCCGGAAACGCAGCGGCGCGUGCCGGCUUCCCUCGGCCGAUCUGGGUCACCCGAGGGACCAGGCGGCUUUCGCUCUCACCGCCGGCGGGUCGGCAGCGACAGUCGACAGCAGCUGCGCGCGGGACUCGUCGGCGCGCCGUGACCCGGGACGGACGAUGUUCACCAGCAACACGGACGGCGCAGCCGAGGUGGCCGAGCCCCUGCGCACCGAGCUGUACCCGGCCGAGCCGGCGGCCGACUCGGCGCUCCUGGACGACGACGCGCCGGACGAUGCCGAGCCCGAGAAGCCCGAGAAGCCACCCCCGGACCCCGGCGUGCCGGACGGCCCCGUUGUCCGACUCAGGCAGGCGUGCGCGGCCAGCCCGGCGCGGACUGGCGAGCCGCUGCUCGACGUCAACGGACGGCGGCCCGACGCCCACCGCAAGUUCCUGGUCGAGGUGCGGCUCGACGAGGAGCCCAAGAAGACGCUCACCCACUGGGACGUGUGCCACUUCAGCGCGCUUCCCAAGUGGCUGCAAGACAACGACUACCUGAUCCACGGCCACAGGCCUCCGCUGCCGUCAUUCCGCGCCUGUGCGCUCUCAGUGUUUCGCGUGCACACCGAGACUGGCAACAUCUGGUCGCACCUGCUCGGCUCGCUAGCGUUCGCCACUACGGGCGCGCUCUUCCUGUGGCGGCACAACCUGCCGCUCGCGGAGCAGGCCGUGUUCGGAGCCUUCUUCUUCUGCGUGUUCCUCUGCUUCUUCACGUCCACGCUGUACCACACCAUGCACUGCCACUCGGAGCACAUCGGCAAGUUCUUCAGCCGACUCGACUACUGCGGCAUCGUGAGCAUCGUGGCCGGCUGCUUCACGCCCUGGAUCCACUUCCUCUUCUGGUGCGAGCCGCGCACCAAGCUAUUCUACCUUCUGCUUGGCUACGCCCUGUGCGUGGUCACCAUCAACCUGACCAUGUGGGAGAAGUUCGGCCGGCCGCACUUUCGGCUGCUGCGCGCCUCGGUCUUCACGGGCCUGGCCGUCAGCUGUUCACUACUUCCAGGCGUGCACUUCGUGGCAGUGCAUGGCCUUCACCUGGCCUUCUUCGAGCUCGCCUACGGCUGGCUCCUGGCCAUGUCGCUGGUGGCACUGAUCGGCGUGGCGCUGUAUGCGCUGCGCGUGCCCGAGCGCUACUUCCCGGGCCGCUGCGACAUCCUCUUCCACAGCCACCAGUUCUUCCACCUGGCCGUCAUCGUGGGCGCCUACAUCCACCUGCGCUGCCUGUGUGUCAUGGCGCUCUACCGGCACUCGCCCAUCGGCGCCCAGUGCCGCGCCUGACCAUAUCCCGCAAGCAAUAGCGAGCUUCUGUGAUACCGGGACGACGCCUCACACACGUGCCGGAGGGCCUCCCCUACAGCGCGCCACUAGGACAGACAAGAGGGACUAUUUUGCAUACUUUUAUACUCCCCGCUGCCGCCGGCCCACCCCUGCUGUGCGUAGACGGUGCAUCCUCGCCGCUCGCCGAGUUCGGUUUCGCACGCCUUUCCUCUCUCACCUAGCGCGGUUUUGUGCGAGCAGGUGCACACGGUAAGACCUGUCGCUCCCUCCGCCAGUGCACUCAGCCGGGGCCCGUUCUUCGUUCAGCGCCCCAGCGGCCCUGAGCGACGAAGGCCCCGACAGGGAAGCCCGGCGUCGCCACAUCCGAAGUGCCCGCUGGCGUCGGAGUGGCAGCUUUUGAAUGCAACUUUACCAAUGUGCCCCUCGACAGGAUCUUUUUUGCUAUCUGAAACCACAGUGCCGCGACGUUGACUUGGGUUACUCUGUCCCUUUCUGGAUGUCCUGAGUGCCGCUAAUCUCGCGCCCUCGUUCUGUACUUUGCUCUUUGCACCUCAAAGCAUCUCUAACUUCGCGCGUAGUUUUUUCAACCUUCAUGAGAAAAAAAAAUGAAAGUGAGAGCGUAGAGCAGACGUAGAUUAGAGUAAGAAUUCUAUAGGGAGCAUUUCCAAUAACACAUAAACUGAGAGUCACAUCUUUAAGCACAGACAUCGGGCAACUCAAGCAGCCCAUGGCUGAAUUUUCAACCAGCGUCCUUACAGCAUGCGCAACAAAGGAGACGACAUUGUUCAGGUACGCUUGCACACGCUGUCGUCCCCUGGGUUGCGCACAUUCCAUGCACAGCAGAGAGUUCGCGCCGUUGCUUGCACAAUCUGUCACUCGACCCGCUUUAUGCAAAACGCUUUCUUUCCGUUCGAGGAAGACAUUAAUACUCACGCAUGAACUCAAGACAGCGCAAACUGCAACAGCGAUUCCUGAAUCGUUUUGGUGCGCUUUGUCGACAGCGAAAAGCUUGACCGUAACUUUUACCUCACCAACCCUCUCUCAGCGACACUUGCAUCAGCCCUCUAGCAAUUUUACUGCCCGCUCGGGCGCUUGUACAGUUAGGGUUCCGACUGCCUAUGUACAGUACAAAACGUCACAUAUACUUAAAAUUUCCAUUUUAUCCCGUAAGGGGCCGCGAGUGAGCGAAAGUGACUGCAUGCAUGCCGACCAAGCGCGCUCGAGAACUUUCUAAGAGAAAAAAAAAUAGAAUGCCGCCUUUGAAUGACUGUGCAAACAAAACAUCUAGCAGUAUUUUUAACCUCGCCUUUCCUCUAUAUCACUCUCUAGCAAUUUCCCACAAUAAGCCCAUAUCCUGAGAAAGGACUCAGGCAGCUCGGUUGUCGACUUUCGGCUCAGAGCAUGGCACAGAGCAUAGCAAGAACCGGCUCGAUCAGUACCGCUCGCUCCGAGCAGGUACGCUUUCUUCCUAUCGGGACGCAAAACGCGCACAGGAGACUGACAGGUCGUUAGUCGUAUGAUUCCGAAUAGCGUGUCUGUCAUCUAGGUCUUUCACCUCCUAUUUUUUUAUCACAACAACGAAGGUGAGAUAUCUCUAUAUGUCCGUCUCCGACGGGAAUAACAUCGCGCCGUCAGCUUACGCAUAUAGGUAUAUAUUCUCUCCAAGCCAGGAAGCUCGGGAUGUCGGUAAUUCCACAGCAUAGCGUAGUGAUUCAAUGCAAUUAUUCCUCAUAGACCAGCGCCUUGGCUGAUAAAUAGUGCGCUGAGGGCGCUGUCCAAACCAACAGUUUUUCAAAGCUGACGAGUAAUUUGAGCGGCGGAGAAAGCAAAAAAAAAGGAAAACAUCUUGAAACACGCUACGUCUUCUAGGUAUUUGCUCUUCAGCACACUUGCCUUGGAGGCUCCGAGUCCACUAAGGCAGGAACAACAAUGAAGUGGCGCUAUAGACAACAAUCAAGGUGCUUCACGCGUGCAAUACAAUGUUUUCGCCCCUAUAGGUGUUAUGGCGGCGCGUUGCGUAUCGAGCGAUAAGGGCUACACUCUAUGACCACGCUUCAUUUUUGCGCACCAGCGCCCUCCUCUUUCAAUCAAGAAGCCUCGCGUAGCGGUUUGACCAACAGGCGCUAAGUGGCGGCCCAUUUGUACAUAGGUCAGCGUAUAGGCUGGCUCGCCGCUUAUUUGUUACUCUUUCUUUAUUUUUUCACGCGUUUCUGUUAUACUCUUUGUUGGCGUUUGGACGUGUAAAAGGAAUGGCAUGCACUCAUGCAACACACGGGCUGGUGGCUUGCUGCGCCACCGGAGGAUGCAAUGCGGGUCGCAUUUCUGAAAAAAAAAAAGGGGGGGGGAAAAAGCGUGUGCAGCACUCUCUUUAAGUCGCCCAGUUGUCUCGUCUAAUGCUGCUUUCGGUGCGAAACCUACCUUCCCAGAGCGGAACACUCUAGGAGUGUGCUCGCUGAGUUGACUACACCUCCGACUGUCGCCAGUGAUGUUCUUUUGACCACGUCACACUCAUUGAGGAGUCAUAUUUACAUUCAGAUAGUAUGCGAGCUGGGCGACAUGGAGGGAACUGCGCACGUCACCAUACGGGCGCCUUUCUUUCGAGCGUUGGCGCCAGAGGUCACCGCAUUGUUGCACUCUCUCCUCACAGUUCUCUAGUCAGGCAUGAGCGAUAUGCAUGGAUCUAAAGAGUCCCCCCGCCUUCGUGUGCUGUAGCUAUAUUAUAGCGUUGCCGUGAGCACCUGCACGCUGGUGUCCGCCGGAGGCAUAGCAAAGUGAAAGGUGGCAUCGCACCUCUGCCGGCACGCGUCAUGCCGAGGACUCGCCCACACCGGAAGAUGCCGCGAUUGCUGGCCUUCGUGCGAACGCGUUCCAACUUUUCUGGCUCCGGUCGACGCACCAGCACAGGCGCAUAAUUCGGAUCACUCCGCGCAUACACAUGUUUGUGCGCGCAGCCUCGUGCACCUGCUUCGAGCGUGAUCAGGCUAAGCGAAAGAUUUCUGUUGUCGCACGCACCAUAACAUGCAGCCGGAACAAAUUUCAUAAAAAUGUGGCUUGUAUUUAUUUUCAGCGCCACGACGCCAUUUAGUGGUGUAAAAGUAUUGACUUGCGUGUAGUGUUUCUCUCUUAAUCAAAUUGCUUGCGUCUAACGCACACUAUAACCUUCGGUGCAACACAUCCAAAUACUAUUCAGCUACAACGUGCAACGACACAAAAAUGCAAUGGUAAAGCAUCCAACCGAUGCUUAGAAAAAAUUCACCGUGGAAAUAUCGAAUUGUCCGAACUCGUUAGUGCUGCGCACGAAGGCAGAAAUAGGCGCCGUCUACGGAGCAAGUCUUUUGAAUAGCGCUGACAGUUUGGUACGAGGCUCCGAAGGCAGCGCCAGAGGCAAAUGUUUGCUAUAGCAUGUUAGGUUAAUGAAGGUAGUAGGUAAAUAAAGGUGAACGGUUUGCGUUCGCCUUUAUUUGUUUUUGUUUUUUUUUUCAGCCGCAACGCACAGCCAACUUAGCGGCCUUAACUGCAGAGCUAUUACAUUGGUGCCACGUCCGAUAAGUUUGUAGAUAUUACUACUACACAGCUUGCACGUCUUCACAUUCGAACCCUCCGACCUCCCGCCACCCACCAUCAUGAAAAAAAAAAAGAAAUCGAUGGCUUACACUGCAGCAUUUGCGCACCCGAACGCCUCUCUUCCUUUUAUAUACAUAUAUAUUUUUUGUUUUUGUCGAAGCGUCUUUAGUCACGCUCUCUUUAUACCGUUCAUAGUGAGCGAGCAAUACCUUGGGGUUUUUGUUGUCUCUGCCAAGGGCAGAUAUUUAACUUAAAACACCAAUUAUCGAUUUGCUCCACAGAGCACGACGACCGUGGUAGUCGUUGACGAGUGCGGAAAUUAGCGCCUUCUUUGUGUACAUGCACAAGGCUACGCGUACUGGUUGAUUGUAGUCCGCCUUGAAAUGUUACCAUGUCGCAAUGCACACCUCGACAUUUUGAACUCGUAGUUCAGCAGCCUUUAAAAUUUUCUACAUCCAGAAAGUUGUAAAACGGCCCGUACGAUUUGAAUCACCAAAAAUUAUUCGUUUAGUUGAUGACAAUCCAGCAAUGUCGCUAUGCGUCGACUGCUUAAAGAGCGCGUAUCAAGUGCACAAUUCUGAAUACUGUGAGAGGACCCACAUAAUCGGUAUCUGGACCAAACUAAGACAUUUGAGAAUAAUAUUUUCUCAAACAUAACUCUAAGAAUAUGAUCCCUUGUAGGUGGUGGAAGGUAGCUAAUAAAAAAAAAAGAAGGAAAAGAAAACGAACCCUCGGUAAUGUCAGUUGUAAUCAGCACUUGAGUUCUGAACAAAUGAUCCUGUUCAUGGAUUUUUUUUUAUUAUUCAUUAUUAUUAUGGGGCACUAGCGCGCCCGGGCAUUAACGUUUGUGCUCGAUUUCCGUCCUUCGUAGAUACGAAUAAAAAAUAGUUUCCCACCAAAAAUAUGAAAAUAAAUUAAUGCAGGCAGAUAUAUUAUACACUGCUUACAAUAAAUAGGUUGUCAGUGCUAGGUGCACGCAGACAAACUUCACCUGAUAGCCCGCCCGUGAAUGAAUACGUUGUUGUUACUCUAGGGUCAGUGUUGCGCUUUUCUGGAUGUAGAAAUGUUCAGGGCGUUUGUUAGACCAUUGCAUUCACCUGAACGUCCAUGAUUCAUUGUGUUUGGAGAGAAAGUGAGCACAGAGAACCACACUGGCGUCACGUUACACGCACGAAGAUUGUCGCGCGCAGCCUGUGCCCCAGAAACACCACUACGUUCUCUUUCACCAUGGAGAUGUUCGAGGUGCCGCGCCAAUGCAUCGUCAUCAAAGACCAAUAAAGCGAAUUAAAAAGGAGAAAAAAAAAGAAAACAAUGCAGAACGGACUCUGUACUUGUCUUUUCCUGUGUCUAUUCAAAUUUUAUUGUGCCUGGCCAGCCGGCAUAAUGAAAG